UGUCAAAUAAACCAAAACGUAAUUAAGUAUAAAUUGUUUUCUUCAUGGUAUUUACGAAUUUGCGCUUAAAAACAGAAUGUUGACUCUCGAAGUUGUACCUGAACGUUCUUUGGGCUGUGAACAAUGGGAAUUUAUAUUAGGAAUGCAUUUUUCACAAGCUGUUGCCAUCAUUCAGUCCCAAGUUGGUAUUAUUAAAGGUGUUCAAGUACUUUACAGUGAUAUAAAACCAUUAGAAGCCGAUUUAGUUAUCAAUCUUCCACAUGAUGGAAUUAGACUGUUUUUCGACCCAGUUUCCCAGAGACUUAAAAUUAUCGAGAUUUAUUCAAUGAAAUUUGUUAAGCUGAAAUAUUGUGGAUUAGAAUUUAAUUCCCCAGAAAUUUUGCCUUCUAUAGAACAAAUCGAACAUUCCUUUGGAGCCACUCAUCCUGGUGUUUACGAUUCGGAAAAACAACUGUUUAUGUUAAAUUUUAGAGGGCUUUCUUUUUAUUUUCCCGUAGAGUCGAAGUUUCAGUGUGGUAGUACACACAACUUGGGCUCUUUACAGUUUCCAGCAGGUAGUUCUCCAUUGGUAUCUCGUCUUGCUAUCUACAGUGGUGCCGGUGUUGAACAGGCAUUUGCUCCCGAACUACCAUUAACUUGUUACUAUGGUCAACUGUAUCUCAAGAAAGCAUCUGUGCUACGAGGAGAGUCUUAUACUAGAGGAAUCAAACUCCAAUUAUUAUCAGGAUCCCAUAACAGACUACCGGAUUCUAUACGGCAGGAAUUUGAAAAAGAAGUUUUACUCGGCCAGUCCGCGCAAGAAAUAGCUACAGCCUUAGGAGCCCCAUCAAAAGUAUUUUUUAAGAGUGAAGAUAAAAUGAGGAUACAUAGCCCGAACGCCCAUCGCAAAAUUACUGCCAUUAGAAGUGAUUAUUUUUUCAAUUAUUUUACCUUAGGACUGGAUAUUCUAUUCGACGCGAAUACGAACACAGCGAAGAAGAUAGUGCUACAUACAAAUUAUCCCGGUCAUUAUAACUUCAACAUGUACAUGAGAUGUGAAUUCGAGCUCACGUUGAAGAACGUUGAAAUCAGUGGAUACACUCACUGGAACGAUAUUUGCACAAAGCUAACGCCCAGUGAAAGGCCAGUAGUGUUGAACCGAGCGAGUUCAACCAACACCACUAAUCCUUUUGGAAGCACACUGUGUUACGGGUAUCAAGAUAUCAUUUUUGAGGUGAUGCCAAACCACUACAUAGCCUCUCUAACUUUAUACGGGGAUGGUAUUGCUUAUGAAAAAGAAAGUUACCACGCGUGACAGAGGCUCUCCGCCACUUACCUCGUACUCACAAACAGGUACUGGCAGCCUCACCUUAUUUAUAAAUGUAUUAAGGCUUAAAACUUUCAUCAAAUAUUUUGCCUAAUUGUAACCGUUUGGGAGAUCAUUAGUCUAAUUUUAAACUGUUCACUUUUCGUACUCUUAUCCUGUUUUUAUAAGAUC